GCCACCGGCAGCAUUAACAGUGAGAAGAGAAGAGACUGAGUUUCCACACACAGGGAAGAGUGGAGCCAGCACUGACGCGCAAACACACACACACACACACACACACACGAAAAAAAAAAAAAAAAAAAACGCAUACACACACACACAUGCACAGGCAGAAAACGGGAGGUGGACAGAGGCUCCAGCUGUAGCAUGUCCACUGGCUGCAGUCAGACAUGUAGGAGGAGGAGGUGCUCUGCUCGCUGUUCCAUGUCCGCUUCAGUCUUCUAAGCACCUCCCAUCCCCCCCCGAACGCUCGCUCCCUGGCUCUGCGGUUGCUGAGGGGCUGGCUGGAAUGACCCGGGAGAGCGGGAGACACAAGGAGAUGUGCUAGACAGGGCUUGACGGCAGGGAGGACUCUCUGAUCCUUGAUCCCUCUUUUUGUCCAGGCUAACAGACACAAGGCAGACCUCUGAUCUGCCCCACAGAUGCAUGCCCAUUUAGGAGGGCAUGGCUGUGUAGACCGAGGGUCUUCAUCAAGCACAGUCACAGUGAGAAGGACCACCACAGAGACACGCAGGUACACACUCCAUCAACCAGCAGCUUGAGUGUGUGUGUGUGUGUGUGUGUGUGUGUGUGCGUGUGUGUGCGUGUGUGUGUGUGAGUGUGCGUGCACAUAUGCCUGUGAGUGUUUGUGGGAGAUCCCUGCUUAUGAAAAGAACCUCCUGUCCACAAGUCAGCAUUCAGAGAUCGUGAAUGAUUGCAAAACGGAGUGAGGCCUUUGCAGUGCGACCCUGUCCCAUGCUGCUUCCUCCUCUCAGGGGAUGGCCAAGGUCCAGGAUGGACACACGAACGCAUGUGACAGCUCUGCAAUGUUAGAGGAGAGCCAAGAUGGUAUGGACAGCGGUACCCUAAGUCCUGCCUCAGCUCGACAGGUCACCAUCCAGCGCCAUCCGACUCAAGGCUUCGGCUUCAUUGCAGGCAGCCAGAGGCCUGUCAUUGUACGCUCCGUCUCUGCUGACGGCCCCUCCUUUGGCAAGCUUCUCCCUGGAGACCAGAUCUUGGCCAUUAACGAGGAGACGGUGAGCGACGCGCCCCGAGAGAGAGUCAUAGACCUUGUAAGACGCUGCAAAGACACUAUAGUUCUCACUGUGCUGCAGCCCCAUCAGUCACCUAAGUCUGCCUUCAUAAGUGCAGCCAAAAAGGCCCGCCUGCGAACUAACCCGCCUAAAGUGCGCUUUUCAGAGCAAGUGUCCAUCAGCGACCCAGACUCAACAAUGCUAAAGGACGACUCCUUGCUACUCAUACCAAAUGUGCUGAAGGUGUUCUUGGAGAAUGGACAGAUUAAGUCCUUUACGUUUGAUAGCCGUACCACUGUUAGGGAUGUGAUCUCCUCCCUGCAGGACCGCCUCUCACUGCGCUACAUUGAGCACUUUGCCUUAGUACUGGAGGCAGGUGGACUAGACCAGAAUCAGAGGUUGCAUCUGCUGCAGGAGAACCAGCCUCUGACACAUGUGGUGCACAGAACCUAUUUCCAAGGGAUGAAGUGUCUGUUCCGCAUCUGCUUCUUCCCCAAGGACCCUGCGGACCUGCUGAGAAGGGACCCUGCUGCAUUUGAAUACCUCUAUAUACAGAGUCGCAAUGACGUCAUCAAGGAGCGCUUUGGCGUGGAUUGGAAAUCUGACAUCACGUUACGUUUGGCUGCACUCCAUAUCUACAUCACUGUGUCCUCCGCAAGGCCCAAUCAGAAGAUUUCUCUCAAGCAUGUAGAAAAAGAGUGGGGACUAGAGCCUUUCCUUCCCCUCACUCUGCUUCCAACAGUCAAGGAGAAGAAUGUGUGUAAGAGCCUGUCUCAGUUGCUGAAGACCUAUCAGCAUCCACCACCAUCAGGCAACAAGGUCCCUCCUCUCCAAGGAAAGCUGCAGUACAUGCGUGUGCUCAAUGACCUCCCACCAUUUGGAGGAAUACUGUUUCACACUGUUGGACUGGAUGAGAAACAAUCAGCUACAACACUACUUGUAGGUCCUCGACAUGGCAUUAGUCAUGUGAUUGACCUGAAAAACAACCUCACAACAGUUCUGGCCGAAUUCAGUAGGGUUGCCAAGAUCCAGCUCUACCGAGAGAGUCAAGGAGUGGCUCGUGUGGAGGUGACAAUCCAUGAGGCUAAGCCCCUGGUCCUACUCAUGGAAUGGCCUGAUGCCAGUAACUUUGCGUGCCUCAUCUCUGGCUACUACAAGCUGUUUGUAGACCCUAAACGGACUAUCUACUUCCGGACCCCUGGUCAGUCUCAGCUGACCAAGGCAGAUUACAGAAGCUCCCACCAUGCUCACCCACGUUCUGGGGCAACCGGCUUGCCAAGCGGAGGUCGGCGAGGGGACGAGAGGGAAAGCUCGCACAGGGAGUCAGGGUCUUCAAGGGCCCUAGUUCCAGCAGAGCCUCAGCAUCUAGGCCUGUGUCAUGUCCACCUUCGAGAACAACAACAAUUUCAGGAGCUCCAAACAAAUGCUGAAGCUGAAGCUGAAGCUGAACUCGACAUCAAUGAGAACUUUAUUUCUCAGGAGCCCCAUGGGCGACCUCGCACAAAGUCAGAUCCCACCCAACAGAGUACAGAGGAAAUAGCUGGGGUUUUGGAGAGCCCAGCAGUGGAGAAUGCAGGCUUUAGAAUCCGAGCCCAAACAAUGGGUCAGUCCCAGAAAGCUUCACGAUACUUCUGUGAUUCCUGCAAAGCCAGGCUUAGGGCAGAGGGUCUGUCAGCAGCAGUGAACAGUAGUGGGAGCUCUGGGAAACAUUGCUCCAGCGCCUGUGCUUCCCGAGAUGCAGGUGCUGUUGACCUCAUGGCCCUUCCGCCCCCAGGGAAUGUAGAGGAGGAGGAGGAGGAGGCAGAUAGUGGAGGAGAGAAGCUGCAACCACCACCGCCUGCUAUUGCUGCACCACCGCCUGGAUUCAGGGACAACAGUUCAGAUGAGGAUGACCCAAACAGAGGGAGGAAGGCUCGAACCAGUGUCAGCCCAGGGGUCACCUCUGGGAAGCUGGCCCCAUCCAAGGAAGAUGUGCCUGUGACACUGAUUGAUAAUGUGGCCACGAGAACAGUCCGAGAUCAUGCCCAGGAGCUUGAUGAUGCUCUGGUGUCCACCUUACAGGCACUAGAGGCUUUGGCAGCUUCUGAGGACUACCCCCAUCACCCUCAACAGCCAACACAGACUGCAGGGCUGAUUGUCUUAGCUGCCAUUACACCUGAGUCAUCAUUGGACUCAGGCCAUGAGACCAACUCCUCUGAAUUGACGGAUGUUUCUGAGAUGGUGUCGGCAAUGAAGCAGAACCAGAACCAGGCCUACCUGCUGGCUCACCAUAUCAACAAGGAACGUAUCCUAUGCCGCCGUGACUUUCCCUUGGCUAUCCCUGGCUGCACUGCAAAAACCAUAGGGACAGGGGCCUUCUCUGUGGGUCAGAUUCGUGCUGGCUGUCCACCCAAGCAAGUAAUCCUCAGCAAGACUGUUCCCUUUAAAGUCAGUCCCAGUCAAGACUCAGCAAUACUCAGUGUUGUGACAGAGCAAGGGGGCAAUCAAGACACUACUCAGACUGAACAGAAAGCAGAAAUGAAAGCUAACUCUGAGUCCACCAAAGCAAACACCCCUGAUCCCCUUUCUAAGUCACCCGAAGAACUUAAAGUAUCUGAUGCUUCACUGACAGCUCAAGUCAGUAAAGACCAGAAGUUAUCAAAUUCUUCUGGGGAGACACUGUGCCAAAAUCUCACUGAGGGUAUAAAGGGGAAGACAACAGCACCUCUUAAUACAGACCCUAGUAACAAAGCCUUACCAAUCCUCUUGCCUGUGGACAGAACUGCCUCUGCCAAGAUUUCCCCUACAAAAAUGUGCCAAGAUGCCAAGACUGCCUCUAGCGAGACCAUGAAGCCUUCAAGCUCUACAGAACUUCUGCCAGUUGACGACCUUUUCUGCACAUGCCCAGUGCAACAGGAGCCUGGACCUCAACUAAGACUAAAAGACCCACAGGUUCAGAAGGUAGUGGUGUUUCAGUCCUCCUCCCCCACAGAUGACGAGCGUCUUCGGGCCAAAGGCCUCCAGCUGGCUAGCAGCAAAGAAAAUGCCAUUAGAGUAGGAGCAGAUCCUAGUUUAGCAAAACCCAGCCCUCAAAUACAAACCAAGUACUCCCCUCGUUUGCCUGUAAAAGCAGAGAGAAAAGAAAUACCUGAAAGCAAGACUGAGAGUUCCCAGGGAAAAUCCCAACCUGAGUCACAGAAAUGCCCCAUAAAAUCCUUACCUAUUUUAGAUGAUCCAACGACAUCUAGCCCAUCAAUAGAAAUGGUCUCCACUCUCCCAGCCAGAGACUCAAAGAAACAAGGUAAGGGGAAGUCCCAGCGCAGUGCCCCUUUCUUGAGCUUUAGAAACCUUCUUUCAGCUACGUUCCCAGCAAGAAUGCGAAGAGAAACAGAUGAGCGGAGGGCUCAGUUGCAGAAAGUCCGCCAGUAUGAGCUAGAGUUCUUGGAGGAGCUUCUGAAACCCAAGUCCUCCCAGGGAGAAUUUUUGCCCCAAGGAUCCUCACCUGUGCCCUCAGGCACUCCUUGUGCCUGCCAGCUCCGCACUAGCCCUGUCCUAAAGGCACCAGGUAUCUCCAGGGAGCAGAGACGCAGCUGUGACUGUAAGAGAAUGUGUAGGGGCAUGCGACUACCUGACACACCAGUUGGCUCAACAACAGAGACACAACACAGAGGCAGAGACAGAACUAUCUCAAAGACCCCUCCUGCAGUCUCCAAAGCUCCUCACACCCAAGGUGCUACAAGGAGACCCCAGACCUUAGAGAUCAAGACCACACGAAUACGCUCUACCAGCCUUGAGUCAAGAGAGCCAAGGGGAGAGCAGGGCUCCUGCUUGCCCACCUGUACUUCUCAAACAGAUUGCAUGGGAGCUCCACAAUAUAAGAAGCUCCAGAGGCGAUACAGCAUUGGAGAACUGGACAACAGCACUAGCACACCUGUGUAUGCUGAGGUGAAGCCAAAAGCUAAGAGUCUAGAGAAGGAGAUGGAGAGAGUGAGGGCCACAGGGUUGAGGCUCCCCACCCCAGUAGAGCCAGUCCACACUCAGUCUCAUCAAGCAGAAGGGAAGGGGAAAAAGGGUGUGUUUUUCAUUCAGGGAGAAAAGCUACUGUGUGAAAGUAAAGAAGGGACUGGCGAGGUGCUGCUGACCCUGCCCAGUGAAGACAGUGAUGACAAGGAUAAAUGCUGCUCAUUCUGUUUCUGCUACAGGAAGUGUGAAGCAACAGAUGAAAGCAGUGAGAAGGAUGAGCUCUCAUACUCCAUACCCCUUCAGGUCCUUCCAGGCAUGGAGCUAGACUCACAUACCUUUCCUGUAGUAAGUAAAACCCUCCAGGUUCUUAAUGCAGAAGACUGCAGUGGAGAGGAAGAAGAAGAGGAAGAGGAGGAGCCACAGACACAGGAAAUUGACCUGAGAGCCUGCCGUACGCUGGAGGGGAGCCUGGCACGGGUACAGGCUCUACAAGGGAAAACAUUCAGCUUACCUGAUGGUUUCCUAAAUGCCCAGUUGGAUGCUAAUGAGUUGCUAGCUAUCCUGCGCCAGUGUGCUAAUAGCCCACAAGCUGAGGGUGAGGCUCGUCUUCAGCCCUCACGGAUUGCAGAGUACAAACAGGAGUUGGCAGUGCGCUUCAAAGAAUUCAGAGCAUCUUGUCGACGAGUGGCGAGUGUUGAAAAAAGCCCAACACGUAUGCUUGCUGUUGUCUCGGCAAGCUUUCAAGUGUUGUGUGAACUAACUCAAACCUUCAUUAAAUUGGUCAGAGGGGUUCGUUCAGAAGCCCAAAGGCUGCAACUGUUGAGAAAAGUUGAGGAGGUAGCUAUCAACUACACUUUGCUUCUGCGUGCAGCAGAAGAGUCAAUGGGACACUCAAGCAGCCUGCCGACAAAGACAGUUAGCCCUCAAGUUUCCUCCAACACCAAUAACAUGGGCUCGCUCACUCGACCCAUCAAAACUCUGCCUGCCCAGUAAAAAUAAAUCUGGCAGGCAUGUAAUCACAACAGUCCAGAAUGUGGGUCGCUACUCUAUACAAAUUCAUUAUUUAUUUAUUGUUUACAUUUUUUACAAGACGUGCAAUUAAUCAUCCUCAGUAAAAAUUGCAAUGCAGCUGUUCCAUCCCAUGUUUACAGGCCCUGAGGUAGCCUUGUGGAUCUUGUUUUGAAAUAUAAAGAUACACCAAACUAAUGCACAAUGGAAUAAGAACCCUAUAACAGACUGGGUGAUACAGGGCUAAUCACCUCAUAUCAAUAUUCACAAUAUACAUAAGUCAUUAUAGUAUAAUAUUUUAUAUGUAAUGUAUAUUUGAGUUGUGUCUACUUAGCAAAUAAUAUAAAGUUUUGUGAAGAAAAAAAGGUACCGAAUAUAUUUGAAAUGUAUUGAGUUAAGAGAACUAUAAAAGUUAUAACAAAUCAUCAUAAAUAAAUGUAUGCUCUGGACAAAAAUAUUUCAAAGAUUUCGUCAAGUAGCGACUUCUGUAAAUUGCGUAGUCCAAAGCGUUGGUUGGUUAGAUGGUGAUGUGUUUGUUUGUUGAAAUUUCUAACUGUUGUAAUGCAAAAUGGAGAUCUCUGUUGGCUAUGUUGACAAUGUCUGGCAUACUGAUACAAGAGUCAAAAUGUAAGUAACAGUGUUGGAAAAUGAAAACCACUGAAAGACAAGUAUGACAUAUUAAACUAUACUUAAUGACAGAGGCCCAUUCUCUCACUAUAACGGUGCAGGUAUGAAAUACACCUGCUCAGGGCAGACAAUGUAGCAGAGACCCAAGUCACAGUCUUAUCCACUAUACAGUAAUGAGUUAUGUUACAUCACUCAGCUGUAUAGAAGGAAUACCCACACUGUACUUAAUAACGCACAGAGUGUAUUUUACACCAUCACUAAUCCAUAGCUCACUUGCAUCUCAUGUGUUGUGAAUCAUAGUUUAAAUAUAGCCAUCCACUUGCAAGUGAGUAAGCGUAUCUCUAGGAUUUUGCACAACCUCUGAAAUUAGCUCUGAAGUCGAAAUGUAUCUUUUAAUGUUUGAUUCAGUGUUUUUUAUUCACUCUGCUGCUGAAAAACUCACUUGAGUCCACACCAACAGUUUCACAUAAUCCAUAUCCUCAAGGUUAAAGCUUACCCGUUUCAAAAGAUCCUUUGUUUUUAUUCAGGUUUUCAGAUACAAUAUAAACAAAUUUGCUUUCUAUGUGCUGUUAUACAUUGUGCAAUCUAGCAAAUAUAUAAGAAACACACAAAGUAGUUUUCUAUGUAUUUUAAUAAAACUAACACAUCUGUUUCCUGUCUGAAAUCUCCUUUGUGUCUCAUCCUCUUGUUAUUCCUGGAAAUUAUUCACAGUGGCUUUGUAGUUGUACUGGCCUAACAUGUAUACUGGACAUACUGUUAAAAGAAAGUGCUGUGAAACCAAAUUAAUAGUGACAAAUGGGCUGCCAAAAUACUAAAGACAAGAAAUGCAAUAUGGCUGUAUGACUGUAUUGUUCAGUCAUUUGGGAUAUAACAUGGUACUCCAAUGAAUCUAACUCAAAUGUGUUUUAAAUACUUUUAAAUACUGUGUAUGGUGCAAUAUCCACCCUGAGACAUGGUAUCUAAUCAUCCUUGAAUCAAGGUAUUUACUGUAACUGUUUGGUGGUGAGGAAUUGAUUUUAAGAUGCUAAGUGUCAUACAGUAUACAUACUGUAGUUUAAAACAAACUUACAAAUGUUCAGUGUUUGACGAACAUUAUAAAUCAAUAGUGGUGUUCAUUUAAUUGCACCUGAUAUUUUCUAGCCAGACUAUGUCUUAGUACUAAUGUGAAUUUGAGCCAGUUACACUUCCUCCUGUUCAUUUUUUUUUUUUUUUACUAUUUCAGUUUAGGGUUAGGGUGUGAUUGUACAUCACACUCACAAUGUGAUUACUCACUGGUGAAGGGAAAUAUAGCCCACCUAUAAUACUUUUCACUUUAUACUGACAAUUUCACAUUCAAUAUAAAAGGAAAAUCAAUAUAUCAGCUUUAUUGCACUUCUUUUCUUGGUUUCAGUAGACAUUUGUGGUGUUGACAAGCACUUUCUUUUAACUGGUUUUCCUUCGCUGUUGAUGUAGCAUUUUCCAUAACCAUAUGCAGUGUUUUCUCUUUCACUGUACUGCAUGUUUUCCCUUACGUAUUAGACUUUCAGGGGCAGAUACUGAUGAUACUGUUUGUUCAGAUAAUUUUCCCAUUCUAAAGUGAAAAAAUGGGAAAACAAUUGAAAGGCCACGGUGGCAACAUGUUAAUGUUUUGCAAAUGAUAUUCGAUAUGGAAAAGUAUUAUUCUACACUGUUAAUGUAAAUAAUAAGAUCAAAUAUUUGAGAGAACAAAAAAUCCUUUUAAAACAUCACUUGUAACAUUAAGAUUUAUCCAAACUCUUCACUAUUUUGUAAAAAUGACAAGAUAAAACAUGUCUGUAAGGUAAUUAUUUAUAGUAGUAAUGUAACAUAGAGACUAAUAGCAAAACAUAUAUUUUAAAGAAUAUAUUAUGAGUAUAAAGCAUGGGACAUGUUUAUUUUUAUAAACAAAAUAUCAGACAAUGUUCUCUCAUCAGCACUUGAAAAUUUUAACAUUAUAGUAAACAUUUUCUGUGGUUGUCACUGUUCAGUUGCUUUGCUAAACUGUGUGGAUUUGUCUAUGUUUCAUUCACACAAUGAGCCCUCCAUGGCUUAAUCCAUUGUUUCUUUAUGUGCACCUAUUCAUUCCUGUUUUUAUUUACUGUCAAUGAUCUUGUCCUCACUGUGGUCUUUUGUCUGUGUACAAAGUUAACUCAUGUUUUAAGAGCAAUAAAGUAUAUUAUAUAAACUCUU